CGAAUUAUUUGCUGUUCUACCGUCUCAAAGUAUGCAUCAUGGAAGCCAAUAUGAUUUUCGCUGUGCUCCUGCUGACCAUCGGUUUAUCAGCUGGGCGGCCUGUCGAGUUUUUCGAAGAUGAGACGCCAGUGGAAAACUACCCCGAAUUCAAACAGACCCAUCCCUAUGACGUCCGCAAGUCUUCGGACUUUUUGGAGUCUGUUCCCCACCUGUUCCUCCAUGUUUACGAGCCGCGCUUCAGCUCCGCGGACGAGGAUUCGCUCGAACAGUUUGAAAAUUCUGCCCCCGAUGUCGAGCUUCAAAGAGUCGUUCGCUCAGCCGAACCUGAAGGCAUAGAAGUCUUUGCCAAAGAUCUGAUUGCUGAAGCUGAAAGCACACACACAGACGCCAACGCUGAAGGAAAUCUCGCUGAUGUUGAAGGACAACACCAUGGCACAGAUAACCCUGAAGGCGAGCCUGUCGACGGUCAACCCGCCGACGUAGAAGGAAGAUUCUUCCUUGGGAAACUCUUCGGAAAGGGUCACGUUUCCUCGACGUACAACGAGGCGUACGCUACCCAAUCGGUUGGUUACAACGGAGGCCUGAACGCUAGACCAUACGUUGUGUUGCAAGGAGGAAUAAACGGCGGGCUACCUGGCGUCGGGUACGGUGGUAUACCCGUUAGAUCGCAUGGUGAGCAGCUGGUACAUAGUCGGGAAGAGUACCUCGCCCAGUCCCAUAUCAACUCUGGGUAUAAUAACUUGAACCCUGGCUACUACGUCGGCGGCCCCCCGAUUUACCGCCCAAACUACGUCGUAAAUUAUGGAGAUGGAGGCUAUAGGUGGUAAAAUUACACGUAUAUAACUGUAUAUGGUGCUGACUUUGUAACUUGAUAAAGUAAGUAAGUCAGUCGUAUCGUUCAAGUCGUAGAUCGUGAAAAAGUUCGUCCAAACGUUUAGCAGGCGCAAGCUUUACGCUACCCAGUGUGCUGGGCCUUGAGUGCACUAGGAUGCACUAGUCAGUGUGCGUGUGCUGGUCUAAAUAAAAUGGGACGUAGGAAGUGGAGCUGUCGUAAAUACUUUUAUUGCAUUUUUGACGCCGGAGGUAUCUUCACUUCUGUAAAAAUCUGUAAAUAAAAUGUGAAAUUUU